AUGUCCGACUCCGAGCCUUUACCCGUAGAACUCGAGUCCACAUUCUCUGCGGAAAGAUACUUUGCGACACAACCUCCGCCGCACUCGCUAGAGCACGACAUGGUCGGGGUGCGCGAGUUCAUAAAGAGGCAGUCGGAGGACGGCCGCAACGUUGUGCUGGUGACGAGUGGAGGGACGACUGUACCUCUGGAGCUCAACGUCGUCCGCUUCCUCGACAACUUCAGUGCCGGAACCCGCGGUGCAACGUCCGCGGAGUACUUCUUGAAAGCAGGAUAUGCGGUGAUUUUCAUGCACCGUCAGUUCAGCCUGCAGCCCUUCAGCCGGCACUACUCGCAUUCCACCCAUCCCUUCCUCGACUUCCUCGAGAUAGAGCAGGUAGACUCAGGUCAGCCCGCUACGCCCAGUAUCACCGUGAAACCUUCAGAGCGCGACCAUCUGGUGGAUGUUCUGACGGCGUAUAAAGCGGUUCACAAAGCGGGGACAAUGCACACGCUCACGUUUGUCACGGUGAACGACUACUUAUGGCUUCUGCGUGCUGUAAGCCAGGAGCUCUCCGUGCUGGGUAGGAAUGCAUUGUAUUACCUCGCCGCGGCCGUGAGCGAUUUCUUCCUACCGAGACAAAGAUUGUCAGAACACAAGAUCCAGUCUGGGAAGGGCAGCCUGCACAUAGAGAUGGACCAAGUCCCCAAGAUCCUCAAGCCAAUGGUAGAUGAAUGGACCCGCGAUGGUUUUAUCGUCUCGUUUAAGCUGGAAACCGAUGCGUCGCUCCUGAUCCCGAAGGCGCGAGCCGCCCUAGCACGGUACGGGCACCAAGUAGUGAUCGGCAACGACUUGCACCACCGCAAGCACCAGGUCGUCUUCAUCUCACCCGUCUCCAAGCUCAACGCCAAUGCCUCGGGAGCGGCGGAUACCGCGCAGCUGGACGGCCCCGCGGCUGUGCAGUCAGGCCGGGCAGGGCACGAGCAAGCAUACGUCGAGUCGUGGCUGCGCAUCGAUCAUGUGCAGGAACCGCACAAAGAAAUAGAGGAGGAUAUUGUUGGAGAGCUGGUCAGGCGGCAUCAAGUAUGGAUCGAGGGUAAUGUACGUACAUGA